CGGCUGUCGUGACGCGGGCCCCGGGGGCGGGGGCGGCGUUCCCGCUGUUCGCUGGACUGGGUGUCAUUGGGCUCCGAGGAGCGGCGGCCGGGGCACUGCGGGGUGUCUGGUGUCGGGCACGGCCAUGGCGGGCGCGCUGGUGCGGAAAGCGGCGGACUAUGUCCGGAGCAAGGACUUUCGGGACUACCUCAUGAGUCACUUGCAUCACGUUUCUGCGGGACAGCUUCGCUCUGAGGCUUCGGCGUUAGACUGUGUCGUGAAACGGAGGUCAGCGCUGUUGCUGGGUUUACCCCCACGUCUCAGGGAGAGAAGAGUGUGCUUGCUCACCUGUGGCUCUGCUGCGGGAACCGGAGCGAAUUGGGAGGUCGCAGGAACCUGGAGGAACAGACGUCUUUCAAAGCAGCUGAUCUCUCUCUCUUUUUUUUUUUUUUUCCAUGUCUCUUGUCUGCGCCUUGGUGACUCCUCACCAAAUAGUACGCACUUCUGGGGCCCUGUAGCCAACUGGGGUCUUCCCAUUGCUGCCAUCAAUGACAUGAAAAAGUCUCCAGAGAUUAUCAGUGGGCGGAUGACAUUUGCUCUCUGCUGUUACUCCUUGACGUUCAUGAGAUUUGCCUACAAGGUGCAGCCUCGAAACUGGCUUCUCUUCGCCUGCCACGCCACAAACGAAGUCGCCCAGCUCAUUCAGGGGAGUCGCCUUAUCAAAUACGAGAUGACUAAAAAGGCAUCGGCAUAACAAGGGAAAAUGAGAAACCAGCUGUUGGAAGGGAAGCUAUGCCGCUGCUGAGUCAGUCUGCCUCACGAUAGGCUCGCUGGCUACUAUUCUUACUAACCAGUUUUUCUAGAAAUAGCUGAGAGUCCCGAAGCCAACUCUCUGCUGCCUUACAAGUACCGAAUAUUUUACUUCUCUUCAUAAAGAGUAGCUCAAGAUAUGCAAUCAAUUUAGUAAUUCCCGAUGAUGGUUUUAUCUGCGGUAAUAUGUAUAGUACCUGUUAGAAUUUACUUAAUGAAAAACCGACGAGAACAUCGUUUGUAAUUAUUAGCAUUUAAGUACUCGGAAUUCUUAACUAAUGACCACGAGACCGACGGCUGGCCACGUACUCCAAUCUCAUUGCCAAUGUUUCGAAAAAGUGUGUAUCUCCGUGCAGUGUGUAUAUUGAGCUGCUGGAACUUAAUGGCAAUAAAUGAUUUAAAUAUUUGUCAAA